AGGGGGCUGGGAGGAAACACCCCCCCCCGAGAGCCUGAGAUGGUCCAAACUGCACCCCAGAAUGGGUUAAAAUCCACCCCAAAAUGGGUCAAACCCCACCAUGAAACAGGUCAGAAAUUCGGCCUAAAAUGGGUCAAGAUUUCACCCCCAAAGUGGGUCAAAAAUUCACCCGGAAACGGGUCAAAAUUCGCCCCAAAACGAGUCAAAAUCCAUCCCAAAGUGGGUCCAAAAUUCAGCCCAAAAUGGGUCCAAAAUUCAGCCCAACACAGGUCAGAAUCUGUCCAGAAAUUAUUCCAAAUCCAUCCUGUAAUUGGUUAGAAUUCCAUGAGAAAUGGGUCCAAAAUUCCCUCCCGAAAUCAAUCCAAAUCCAUCUCAAAAUGGGUCAAAAUCCAUCCGGAGACCCCAAAAGGGGUGAAAAUCCCCAAAUCCACCCUGAAACGGGUCAAAAUCCAUCUGGAAAUGGGCCAAAACCCACCUGGAAACAGCUCCAAAAUCCAUCCUUGAAACGAGUCCAAAAUCCACCUUUUUUUCCCCCCCCGACCCAAAAAAACCGCUGGAAUUUGCUCCGUGGGUUCGUUCCUUCCCCGUGUUGUCGAUCCUUUCCCGUCAUCAUCCAAAAAAAAAAAAAAGGCGCCACAUUUUCCCGGGAUAAACCCGGGGGGGGGGGGGGGAAAUCCGGUGGGAUCCGACAUUCCAGGUGAUCCCAAAACCCCUUUGGGAGCGGUGCUUCCCCCCCCGGGAGGGCUCCCCCCGCGCUGGGAAUGGCCCCGUGUCCCCGUUGGGAUCCGUUAUCCCGGUUUUUCCCCCCCCCCGGGAGGGCUCCCCCCGCGCUGGGAAUGGCCCCGUGUCCCCGUGGGGAUCCGUUAUCCCGGUUUUCUCCCCCGGGAAGGUUCCCCCCGCACUGGGAAUGGCCCCGUGUCCCCGUGGGGAUCCGUUAUCCCAUUUUUCCCCCCCGGGAGGGGUCCCCCCGCACUGGGAAUGGCCCCGUGUCCCUGUUGGGAUCCGUUAUCCCGGUUUUCCCCCCCCGGGAGGGCUCCCCCCGCGCUGGGAAUGGCCCCGUGUCCCCGUGGGGAUCCGUUAUCCCGGUUUUCCCCCCUGGGAGGGCUCCCCCCGCGCUGGGAAUGGCCCCAUGUCCCUGUUGGGAUCCGUUAUCCCGGUUUUCCCCCCUGGGAGGGCUCCCCCCGCACUGGGAAUGGCCCCGUGUCCCUGUUAGGAUCCGUUAUCCCGGUUUUCCCCCCCCCUGGGAGGGCUCCCCCCGCGCUGGGAAUGGCCCCGUGUCCCCGUGGGGAUCCGUUAUCCCGGUUUUCCCCCCGGGAAGGCGCCGCCAUGUCCCUGUGCCAGCGGGGGAUGAAGCGGAGCCCGGGCGAGGCCGAGGGCUGCUCCUUCCCGGCCGGGCCCGGGCUCAAGGUGUUCCUGCACUGGAGCGGGGAGGAGGAGCGGGAGCGCUGCCGGGUCUAUUCCCAGGGCUCCCUCAGCGCCGAGGAGAUCUGCAUCGACCUCGCCCGCAGGAUCGGAAUCACCCCGUUGUGUUACAGCCUCUUCGCCCUCUACGACCCCCAGGGCCGGGUGUGGCUCCCCCCAAACCACCAAUUCCAGGUGGGAAAAGACACCAACGUCCACCUGAUCUUCAGGAUGAGGUACUAUUUCCGGAACUGGCACGGGAUGAACGACAAGGAGCCGGCGGUUUUCCGGAAUGUGCCUCGUCCGGGGGAUUCCCUGGAGGAAAAACCCUCUGGGGGAGCUUUGCUGGACAGAUCCUCCUUCGAGUACCUGUUCGAGCAGGGAAAAUUCGAGUUCAUCCACGACGUCGCCUCCCUGAGGGAUUUCCGGAGCGAGCCCGAAAUCCAGAGGUUCAAGAACGAGAGCCUGGGAAUGGCUGUGCUCCACCUCUCCCACAUCGCCCUCAGAAAGGGCAUUUCCCUGGAGGAAGUGGCCCGGAAAUACAGCUUCAAGGACUGCAUCCCGCGCUCCUUCCAGCGGCAGAUCCAGCAGAACAGCCUCCUGACGCGCUUCCGCAUGCGCAGCGUCUUCCGGCGCUUCCUGCGGCGCUUCCAGCGGCACACGGUGGGCGCCGGGCGGCUCUCGGAGCGGGACCUCAUGGCCAAGUACCUGGCCACGCUGGAGCUGCUGGCGCCGCGCUUCGGGAGCGAGCUCUUCCCGGCCCUGGCCCUGGAGGCGGCGGCCGAGGGGGACAAGGGGCCGCCCGGCGCCAACGGGGCCCCCCCGGAGCCGGGGCCGGAGCCGGGGCGGCCCCUGAUCCCGCGGGACCCGCCCGUCACUCACCACGUCCUGGUCUCCGGCACCGCCGGCAUCCAGUGGCGCCCGGCGCCGCCAGAGAGCGCGGAGCCCUUCUCCCAGCGCGGCUACUUCGGGAGGAAGGGCCGGACCAAGGAGCCGGAUCCCAAGGCCGCGGCGCGGCCGCCGGAGCCCAGCGAGCCCCCCUGGUGCCACUUCUGCGACUUCCGGGAGAUCACCCACGUGGUGGUGAAGGAUUCCCGGAUCAGCAUCCACCGGCAGGACAACCAGUGCCUGGAGGUGGCUCUGCCGUCGCCCGGGCUCGCCCUGUCCCUGGUGUCGCUGGUGGACGGAUAUUUCCGGCUCACGGCCGAUUCCAGCCAUUACCUGUGCCACGACGUGGCCCCGCCCCGGCUCCUCCUGAGCAUCCGCCACGGCAUCCACGGGCCCAUGCAGGAGGAGUUCGUUUUUGCCAAGCUCCGCCGGGAGGAGCCGGAGGAAGGGCUUUACAUCCUCCGCUGGAGCGUCCUGGAUUUCAACCGGAUGAUCCUCUCCGUGGUCAAACGGAGCCAGCAGCAGGCCCCCGGAACGCCGGGAGCCUUCAAGUUCCGGCAGUUCCGGAUCCAGAAGAAGGGAGAGUCCUUCGUGCUGGAGGGCUGGGACCGGGAAUUCCCCUCCCUGCGGGAGCUGCUGGACGUGCUCAAGGGCUGCACCCUCCGCUCCGGGGAGGAAAACUUCACGGUGAAGAGGUGCUGCCCCCCCAGACCGGGAGAGAUCUCGGACCUGCUGAUCACGAGGAAGGUGAAGGACAACGGGAAGCAGAUCCUGAACCUCACCCAGCUCAGCUUCCACCAGAUCCGCAAGAACGAGAUCACCCAGCGAGCCCACCUGGGCCAGGGCACCCGGACCAACAUCUACGACGGGGUCCUGACGGUCUGCGGGAAUUCCGGGAACGACGACGAGGCCGAGUACUUUUCCACGGAGCAGAACAACAACAGCCGGGAGAUGCACGUGAUCCUCAAAGUCCUGGAUCCCAGUCACAGGGACAUCGCCCUGGCCUUCUUCGAGGCCGCCAGCCUGAUGAGCCAAGUGUCCCACGUCCACCUGGCCUUCGUCCACGGGGUCUGCGUGCGCGGCUCCGAGAACAUCCUGGUGGAGGAGUUUGUGGAACACGGGCCCCUGGACGUGCUGCUGCGCAAGGAGAAGGGCCGGAUCUCCGUGGGCUGGAAAAUCACCGUGGCCAAACAGCUGGGAAGUGCCUUGAGCUACCUGGAGGAUAAAAACCUGGUGCACGGGAACGUGUGUGCCAAGAACAUCCUGCUGGCCAGGAAAGGGCUGGAAGACGGAUCCGCUCCCUUUGUGAAG